CACGCGGCAGUUGGCUCACGCCCCGCGGUAGGGCGUACUGACGUCACCGUGCGUCGGCGUUGACCCAGCUGGGGUUGGAGUUUUCGGAACGCCAGAACGCCGCAGAGCUGGUCGGCAUUCGGCUCCGCUUCGUGUAGGUGCCGUUGCUUCCCUGGUCUGAGGAGGCCUCGUAGUCCCCGCCCUGCUUUCGUGCUUUCAGCGCCGGUACUGCGAUUUACAGCCCUGAAGAGUUCCCCCCUACUCAUUUUUUCCCCCUGCAGAAAUGAAUCUCAAUAUGGAGAGUACAAAACUUUAUAAAGGGAUAAAAUCUGAAUUUUAUGGAGUGUAAUUUUGUGUAUGAAUCACAUUUUUAAAAUACUGAGUCUUUGGAAGGAAGCUAGUAAAUUCUGGUACAUUCUGUGUAAACAGUUAUUCUAUUGGUAACAUAUUGUUAGGCAUUCGUGAUAACAAAAGAGCUGUCUUGAUAAAUUAAUUGAUCCAUAAAUUAUAACAUGACUGAUACCAUAUCUGAAAGGUCCUUAAAUGAAGAUCAGUUUAAAGUUUUUAAUUCAAUAUAGAAAGUGUGUGCUGUGGAUAUUUUAUGGCUGAGUUUAUGGAGAAAAUACCAUCAGUUGACCAGGUAUAAAAGAUAUGCAGAGUUAGGAAGAAAUACAAUAUGGUACUGCAGGAAGUAGAAACAAAUAUAAUGUUUAGCAAAGGUAGAAGAGUUAACAUUUCAUAAGCUUUAAACAAAAUUCAUUUGACAUCACAUAUAGCAGGCAUAGAUACAAUAAAGCUUUGGGUGUUGACUUCCCCAAAAGUUGUUAGCUUAAGCUAAUGUAACCCACUUAAGUCAAUUCUGUGAUAAGCUAUGUGAAAUUACUCUUUAAAUAAUGUGACCCUUUGAAGGUUUUAAUUACUCUUAUUUGCUAGAAUAAGAAGGGAUCAUUUUGUAUGUCACAGUAAAGUGCUUGUAAAGGGGAAAAAGCUUACAUUUAACUUUACUUUUGUGGCAUACUCAGUAAUUGUCCUGAUUUCUAGGUUUACCUAACUUGCAACCAAAAGCAAAUUAAAGGCAUAAUUUAGAUAUUCUGUUGUUGCUUAUAAUUUUGAGAAUAUAAACUUCUUUGAAAAACAAAGAAGUUUUUAAUAUUUUUAGAAGUGCAUAAACUUUUUUCAGGCCUUCAAGUCAGUUAUUAUAAGAAAUUAUGAGCAAAUAGCAUGUGGGUUACUUAAAAGUGCUAAUAUAAUCCGAAAGUAUUUGAAAGUGUUUUGGUAAUUUAGGAGAGAUAUUCAUCCCACCUAGAUAUAAAUCUAGUAAAGAGGGUGAGGUGGUUCAAUUAAAUAGGAGUCUAUUUCUUUUUUGUGUAAAAAAGUGAUGAGAAAUUUUAUUUGAAAGUUUUAGCCAUCAGAAAGUACUUCUGCCUACUUAUGCACAAAACUACCUCCAAAGAGUUAUCUGAGAUCCCUUUCAUCAAAAAACAAGGAGUAUAAUGGAAGAUAGCACAAUCCUGUCAAAUUGGACAAGUGACAACAAACAAACAAUGAAGUAUGACUUUUCAUGUGAACUCUACAGAAUGUCCACAUAUUCAACUUUCCCUAUCGGUGUUCCUGUUUCAGAAAGGAGUCUUGCUCGUGCUGGUUUUUAUUAUACUGGUGUGAAAGACAAGGUCAAAUGCUUCUGUUGUGGCCUGAUGCUGGAUAACUGGAAACAAGGAGACAAUCCUAUUGAAAAGCAUAAACAGCUAUAUCCUAGCUGUAGCUUUAUUCAGAAUCUGGUUUCAGCUAGUCUGCAAUCCACCUCUAAGAAUACCUCUCCAAUGGGAAACAGUUUUGCACAUUCAUUGUCUCCUAGUUUGGAACAUAGUGGCUCAUUCAGUGAUUCUUAUUCUAGCCUUUCACCAAAUCCUCUUAAUUCUAGAGCUGUUGAAGACUUUUCUCCUCUGAGGACUAACCCCUACAGUUAUGCAAUGAGUACUGAAGAAGCCAGAUUUCUUACUUAUAAUAUGUGGCCAUUAACCUUUUUGUCACCAUUGGAAUUGGCGAGAGCUGGCUUUUACUACAUAGGACCUGGAGAUAGGGUAGCCUGCUUUGCCUGUGGUGGGAAGCUAAGUAACUGGGAACCAAAGGAUGAUGCUAUGUCAGAACACAGGAGACAUUUUCCCAACUGUCCGUUUUUGGAAAAUUCUCUAGAAACACUGAGGUUUAGUAUUUCAAAUUUGAGCAUGCAGACACAUGCAGCUCGAAUGAGAACAUUUAUGUACUGGCCACCUAGUGUUCCAGUUCAGCCUGAGCAGCUUGCAAGUGCCGGUUUUUAUUAUGUGGAUCGCAAUGAUGAUGUCAAAUGCUUUUGCUGUGAUGGUGGCUUGAGGUGUUGGGAAUCUGGAGAUGAUCCAUGGGUAGAACACGCUAAGUGGUUUCCAAGGUGUGAGUUCUUAAUACGCAUGAAAGGACAAGAGUUUGUUGAUGAGAUUCAAGCUAGAUAUCCUCAUCUUCUUGAACAGCUGUUGUCAACUUCAGAUACUCCUGGAGAAGAAAAUGCUGAACCAAUUGUUCACUUGGGACCUGGAGAAAGUUCUUCUGAAGAUGCCAUCAUGAUGAAUACACCUGUGGUUAAAUCUGCUUUGGAAAUGGGCUUUAGUAGAAAUCUGGUAAAACAGACAGUUCAAAGUAAAAUUCUAACCACUGGAGAGAAUUAUAAAACAGUUAAUGAUAUUGUAUCAGCACUUCUUGAUGCUGAAGAUGAAAGAAGAGAAGAGGAGAAGGAAAGACAAGCUGAGGAAGUGGCAUCAGAUGAUUUGUCAUUAAUACGGAAGAACAGAAUGGCUCUCUUUCAACAGUUGACAUGUGUCCUUCCUAUCCUGGAUCAUCUUUUAAAGGCCAAUGUAAUUAAUAAACAGGAACAUGAUAUUAUUAAACAAAAAACACAGAUACCUUUACAAGCAAGAGAAUUGAUCGAUACCAUUUUAGUUAAAGGAAAUGCUGCAGCCAACAUCUUUAAAAACUGUCUAAAAGAAAUUGACUCUACAUUAUAUGAGAACUUAUUUGUGGAAAAGAAUAUGAAGUAUAUUCCAACAGAAGAUGUUUCAGGUCUGUCACUAGAAGAACAAUUGAGGAGAUUGCAAGAAGAAAGAACCUGUAAAGUGUGUAUGGACAAAGAAGUUUCUAUUGUGUUCAUUCCUUGUGGUCAUCUGGUAGUAUGCCAGGAAUGUGCCCCUUCUCUAAGAAAAUGUCCUAUUUGCAGGGGUAUAAUUAAGGGUACUGUUCGUACAUUUCUCUCAUAAAAGAAAAAUAGGCUGUACAGUAGUUUUUACACAAAAGUCUAAGCUGUCGUUGAACAUUGAAAGCAUCUAACAAAAAAGGAAUGCUUGGUUCUUCAUUUAGUAACAUUUAUGUUCUACUCUGUUUAGGUAUUAAUAAUCUUGUUUCAAAAAAGAUAGUAUUAUAUAUUUAAUCUUAAUCCAUUUAAUUGCAAGAGAAGAUUUGUUUCGUGAACUAAAUCAGUAUAUAAGUGUGAAUGUAGGAAGAAUUAAAGGAGUAGUGUCUGUGCUUGUUAUGGGUCAUUUUGGGUCUUCUUCAUAAAAGUUUUGGGUACUAAAUUGCAGUAUAGUUUAAAAGAACUAUUAAUUAGUAACACUGGAAUUCAUCAGAGUUGUUGCCAGAUUCUUUGGUGCUUUUCACUUGUUUUGUAAAAUAAGGAUUUUUCUGUUACUAAUAAACAAUAUUUUCCCUGAUUUGUUGGAAACAAUAAAAUGCUUUACAAGGAUUA